CCUCGUUUAAAGAAAACGCCGCUCGCGUGGUAGUUACCACGGGAUCAGGCCGUGAAGGGGAGUGGAAAAUGCGCCUUUAAACCCGGCAGGCCAGUUUCGUUGCUAUCUGUUGUUGUUUUGGGGAACUAACGUUAACCGACGGAGGCGCAGCAGGCCCAAACCCGAACAAAAACACUCCUGCCCCUUAAUUUCCUCUCUGCCGGUGGUCUGUCUGCAUAACCGCACUUAAACCGGCGUUACCGGCUUGCUAGAUAGUGUUUUAACUGCUCAUAACUGUCCCUGCCGUGGCGUUCUUACGUUGCUGUUAGCCGAAUAGCUCGCUUGGUAGUGAGCGUUAGCUCUCCUGCUAACGCCCCCAUGUAUUCCAAUGGAAUUAGCUGUUAUCUUACGUGCGCUACUCGGCUAGCAGUAGCUCCUGACACAUUACAGCUAACAAAGUAACACCAGCUAAUAGCUAUUAUUUGUAUGGGGCUCACAAAUAGAGCACAAAACGGGACAAGCCGGUGCAUUUAUGCUGUCAAGAAACCAACGGGUAGUGUUAAUGGUGUAAUUCACGUCAGUCAGACUGAUUGUCUGAGCUAGCAUUAGCUUAAAUGGCUAACAUUAACUAGUCUUUUGCGACACUGCUGCUCAUUUAACGUAGCUUUGAAACAAGAACAGUCACGUUUACAAACCACUCGUCUGUUGUUUAAAGGUGACACGCGGCAUGUUUGGUGCUAACCGGAAGAAGUUUAUGGAGGGAGGGGUAGAGAGCGACUACACGGACGACUCCAGCCUCUACUACACCCAACAGUCCAUGUUCCCCCCACACCGCGCUGACAAAGACAUGUUGGCGUCUUCCUCUGCUUCCUCAACGGGUCAACUGUCACAGCUAGGAGCCAGCUUAUAUGGCCCGCAGAUUCGGAUUUCUCCAGUUGAUAUCACCACCGGAACACUAGACGGAUGUAUCAUACAUGAUCAGGCUGUACCGUGUUUUAAUUAUAUUCCCCACAGUGCAUUGGGGUUUCCCAUGCGUGGUUUGAACAGCAGCGCGGCACCUCAGUUAAGUCGAAGUGGGUUGAACCAAUCUGGCAGCCAGCUCCCCAGUCAUGCCAGUACACCCAACACUGGCACAAUGCACACGCCUCCCUCACCGAGCAGGGGUAUUUUGCCAAUGAGCAGCCGGAGCGUGAUGAACCACAGCCAGCAGGUGGGGGGUCCGACGGGGCAGUCGGGUGGGAUGGUAGGGGUAGGAGGAGAGAGGGUAGGUGGCGGCGGCGUAGGAGCAGGGAGGAGCAGCAGCAUGGGGAGUCCCAGCCGAUCGUCACCCAGCAUCAUCGGCAUGCCCAAACAGCAGCAAGCACGGCAGCCUUUCACUAUUAACAGUAUGUCAGGGUUUGGGGUGAACAGGAAUCCAGGCUUCAACAUGAACAACUCCCUAUCCAACAACAUCUUCAACGGCACAGAUGGCAGUGAGAAUGUGACGGGGUUGGACCUCUCAGAUUUCCCAGCGUUAGCAGACAGGAGUCGGAGGGAUGGAGGCUCAAAUCCCACCCCACUGCUCAACCCGCUGGCCGGUCGGGCUCCGUACGUUGGCAUGGUAACCAAGCCGUCCAGUGAACAGUCGCAGGACUUCUCCAUCCAUAACGAAGAUUUCCCAGCUCUCCCUGGGCCAAACUACCAAACAAAAGACCCCACCAGCACCAACGAAGACAGCAAAACGAAUCUGAACUCAUCAGGAAAGCCCACCUCUAACUCAGAUGGUCCAAAGUUCCCCGGUGAUAAGAGCUCUGCACCUAGCAACAACAACCAGCAGAAGAAAGGGAUUCAGGUGCUUCCUGACGGGCGUGUGACCAACAUCCCGAUCGGCAUGGUAACGGACCAGUUCGGGAUGAUCGGCUUGUUGACGUUCAUCCGGGCAGCAGAGACGGACCCCGGCAUGGUCCACCUGGCGCUGGGCUCUGACCUCACCACGCUAGGCCUCAACCUCAACUCACCUGAGAAUCUGUAUCCGAAGUUUGCGUCUCCCUGGGCAUCGGCUCCGUGUCGACCGCAGGACAUAGACUUCCACGUCCCCUCAGAGUAUUUAACCAACAUCCACAUAAGGGACAAGUUAGCAGCUAUCAAGUUGUCUCGGUAUGGUGAAGAUCUGCUGUUUUAUCUCUACUAUAUGAACGGAGGAGACCUACUACAGCUUCUGGCUGCAGUAGAACUGUUUAACAGGGACUGGAGGUACCAUAAAGAGGAGCGGGUUUGGAUCACCCGGGCCCCAGGUAUGGAGCCCACGCUGAAGACCAACGCCUACGAGAGAGGGACCUACUACUUCUUCGACUGCCUCAACUGGAGGAAGGUGGCAAAGGAGUUUCAUCUGGAGUAUGACAAACUAGAAGAGCGACCUCACGUUCCCUCCACAUUCAACUACAAUCCUGCCCAGCAGGCCUUCUGAUUGGCUCUACCUCCUCCUGCCUGCCUGCCUGCCAUUGGCCCUCCUGGCUCAUCAGUCAUCACCCCUCUAGGUUUUUCCACCUCCACACACUCAAAGUGAAUCUGGCCAAUAAGGACUCAGGACGGGGAGAGGACGUCCUGGUUCCUGCUCUCCCAAACACUUUUCUGAACAGACUUUUUGGUUUUAACUUUUCUGAUAUUUUGUACCUCAUUUUCUUUCUUUCUUUUUUUUUUUUUUUUAAAUUUUAUUUCCCACCCCUCCUCCAUGAGUUUGGUUUGGUUGGUCUGUUAUGUGGAGCACAGACUUAAUGUCAACAGACAGCACAGUACAACACACACACUGACACAAGCACUGUAAAUAACUGUCCAUCUGAUCGAGUGAUUCAUGUUUCUAUUCAGUCUUAAGAAUUGACUAUUUUUGUCUAGAGAAGCUUUUAAGAAGAACCAGAUUUUAACACAGAAUUAAAUCACCUGUCAGGAUGGAUAAUUAUUUCAAACACUGUGUCGCACCUCUCUGACCUUUGGCAGGAACUGAAAGUAUUUAUCAUUUCUCUUUGUUUUUACCAGGUUUUUCCAGCAUUAAAUCAGAACACACAUACAAUCGCACACACACACACACAUCGGCAGCGGAGAGUCAGGAGAGGAAAUGCAAUGUACAUUGUAGCACUAUUUCAUAAUAAAAGAAAAAGAAAAAUA